AUGGCCAUGGUGGUUCUCACGUUGCCAAACUUGCAAGUCGAUACCUCCACAAACAAAUUGCACAAUCGGAAGCAUAUCGGAAGAAUAUCUGAUGCAUUAAUUGAAGGGUUUUUAGAUUUUGACGAAAGAAUGCUUGAAGAUGACGGCUUGAAGGAUGUUUCUGGAACAAAUGCUGGUGAUUCUCGUGCUGUUGUUUCUGUCUCAGCAAAUGAAGAAGAAAGUAAGAGGAUAUUUGCUGCUGGUGGAUGGGUAGAAUUCAAUCGAGUAAAUGGAAAUUUGGCAUUGUCAAGAGCUUUGGGGGAUUUUGCUUUCAAAGCAAACAAAAAUUUAUCUGCUAGAGAACAAAUUGUGACAGCUUGUCCUGAAGUAGAAACUUGUACAAUAACUGUAGAGCAUGAAUUUAUUAUUUUGGCAUGUGAUGGAAUUUGGGAUGUUAUGACUAGUCAAGAAGUAAUUGAUUUUUGUAGAACACGUCUUGCCUCUGGAUCUUCGCCUGACCUCGUUUGUUUUAUUUUUUUAUUAGAGGGAAGUUUUUACAAUCUGUAA